CAGGAACGUGUGAAAGACCACAUCUCUCACGCUUGUAGUUUUUUUUAUCUCCAAAUUAUUUAGUAUUUAAAACUAUAAUAUUCCAAAACAAAACCCUUUGAACUAGAUAAUAUCUCCAGCUGGAGGAGAAAGAAGAAAAUAUCUUCAGCACACUGUUCUACACUCAGUGGCUACCACCGUCAUCUUUGAAAUCAUCUUUCCUAGUUUGCAAGGAAAUUACAGUUUCAACAUAAAUUUUUCAUCUCAUUCUAAAUCUUAGUUUUCCCCCAAAUAAUAAACCACAGAAGCAAGGUAAAUGAAAACAGUGAAGUCAAAAAGCUCUCACUUAAAUCAGGAACCCUAGUAAACCACAGUUCACUGAAAGAGACGACAGUGGCUGAUUUACCUGAUGCCACGGUGGUGAUUGUGGAUGACUCCGUUCUGUUACAGUGAAAAUCCUGUUAUGUGGUGGUUCUGUUGACGGAUCUGUUUUCACUCUAGGUUUUCCUGGAUCUACAGUUCUUUUUGACGGUAGUGAUCUCGACGGAACAGAAGGUUGCCGUUCCGGAACAGUUUCAACCGAACGGUGUACUUGAUCUACACACUUUGCUGAUUUUGAUGUUAUUUGAUCCCUCUGAAAUUCUGAACCUUCGUUGCUGAACCUUCGUUGCUGAACCUUCGUGCUCAGUUUUUCUAAAGGAAAAAGUAUAUAUCUAAUAUAGCUGGAGGUCAUUUUUAGUAGUACAUAGCCGAAUUGUAAAUGAUGUGAAUAGACAAUAUUUUCCGAUGAUUUCGUUUUGAAUUGUGCUAAAUUAGCUUUAAAGUUAUUCUUGGAGUGCAGGGAUUAUAUCAUGAGUUAUACACUUACACUGUCAUCAUUCCAGUGUGGGAGUGUGAGUCAACAAGCUAAAUGGCCUGUAGUAGCCGGAAUCCUCUUGUUGUUGGGCGUGUAAUAGGGGAUAUAUUAGACCCAUUUGAAAGUUCUAUUCCUCUCCAAAUUACCUACGGAAAUAGGAAUGUUUCCAAUGGUUGUGAGCUUAAACCUUCUCAAGUUGCCAAUCAACCUCAAGUGAGUAUUGGUGGAAAUGACCCCGUGAUCUACUACACCCUGGUGUUGGUAGAUCCUGAUGCACCUAGCCCAAGUUAUCCCAGUUUUAGGGAGUAUCUUCAUUGGAUGGUGACUGAUAUUCCAGCAACUACCGGGGCUAGUUUUGGCGAGAAUGGCAUUGUUGGUGGAUUUUGUGAUGUGGGCUGCUAAGUGAAUCUAUAUGUCCAGGGUUCAUGACGGUUAUUACUAGUGCAGGGUAUAUGAUUCCAGAUUAUGCACGGUCACACCAGUUCGGAAACAUAGUAAAAUCUGGAAAAUCAAGACGCAGUAUUUUCGAGUGUGCCUACAUUGUAUUUGCAGCACAAGAACAUCUCAUAUUUUUUUCUCAAACACGGGUGAAUGUGAAGCACUUAAAUUCAAGAUUUUGCUUUUGGCCUCGAGGUUAAUUUGGAAUGCAUGAAGGAGAUAAAGUAUUUUGUAAUGUUUGUGUUUGGAAUAUAUAUGUGAUGUUGGGAUGCUGAUUUUUUUUUGUAGUAGCUUUGGUUGUUUGUCUAGUUUUUUAUUUUUGCUUGCUUUAAUGUGUAUGCAAUUUCAUAUGAACUGCUUGGGUGGUCA